UUGGCGAUUCGUUCGUGCGGAUGGUGUAGUACGUUGUUUUAUCGCAUUUAAUACAAUAGAAAACUUUACUUUCAAUCUUACCAACAUCGUUCCUUGCGGUAUUAUUUUCGUCGUACCGUGUUCCGUUUGUCUGCUGCGUUAUUUGUCGGCGUUUCCAACAGUCACCUGCAAAUCGUAAAACAUGUCGGAACCAAUCCGUGUCGUCGUCACCGGAGCUGCCGGACAGAUUGCGUACUCGCUGCUGUACAUGGUAGCGAAGGGCGAUGUAUUCGGACCGAAUCAGCCACUUGUUCUGCAUUUACUGGACAUUCCACCGAUGAUGGGUGUGCUGGAAGGAGUCGUCAUGGAGCUGGCCGACUGCGCCCUCCCGCUGCUCGUCAGCGUCGUGCCGACGGCCGAUCCGGCGGUCGCCUUCAAGGACGUCGAUGCUGCCUUCCUCGUUGGCGCUAUGCCCCGCAAGCAGGGCAUGGAGCGAAAGGAUCUCCUUUCGGCCAACGUUAAGAUCUUCAAGGUGCAGGGUGAGGCAUUGGACAAAUAUGCCAAGAAGGACGUGAAAGUGCUGGUUGUCGGAAACCCGGCCAACACAAACGCCCUCGUGUGCUCGCACUACGCACCGUCGAUUCCGAAGGCAAACUUUACCGCCAUGACCCGCCUGGAUCAGAACCGUGCCCAAGCACAGAUCGCCGCUCGGCUCGGUGUCGGCAUCACGAAGGUGAAGAAUGUCAUCAUUUGGGGAAACCAUUCGGCCACCCAGGUCCCCGAUGCACGCAACGCUUCGGUUGAGGUGGGAGGCGCAGUCAAGACCGUCCCGGAAGCGGUUGCUAACGACGAGUUCCUGAAGCAGGAAUUCCUCGAGACGGUGCAGAAGCGGGGUGCUGCCGUCAUCGCCGCCCGUAAGAUGUCUUCGGCGAUGUCCGCCGCCAAGGCAGCCAGCGAUCAUAUGCGCGACUGGUUCGCGGGAACACGGGAAGGCGAGUACGUCUCGAUGGGUGUCAUCUCGGACGGAAGCUACGGUGCGCCGAAGGAUAUCGUAUUCUCGUUCCCGGUGCAGAUCCAGAACCGCCAGUGGAAGAUCGUCCAGGGCCUGUCGGUGGAUGAGUUUACGCGCAGCAAGCUGGACGUGACCGCGAAGGAACUGCUGGAGGAGAAAGAGGAAGCGAUGGCCGUGUGUGCUGCCGAUUGACUAGUUAAACUGUAAAACGGAAUUUUGUACGAAAUACCUUCUUUAAUCCAGAGCAGAAAAAAUUGUGGCCGCUCAAUUUGUGGGGUUGUUGUUUUUGUCUUUUGUUAUGCGACACAGAAAUAGAAAAUCAUGCACCACA